UUGAUUUUUCGCAGAGUUUGCGGCAGUCGUCUAGCACGCCGGUGCCCAGCGCGAAAACACAGCCGCCGCGCGUCGCGUUUUUAAAAAUAAAACAUCUUAAUCAAAAUUCGAACGCAUUACAAUUUCGAAAUUCGAAAAAGGAAUCCAGAAUCGCGAGGUUCAGUGCCAGAUAGUGCUGGAGGGAUAAUAUUCGGCGAAUGCACCAGGCGUCCAGAAGCCGCAAGGCGUAGACCACUUGAGCCGGCCUCGGAGGAGCGACCAGAUGAUCGGAUCAUUCUGGAACCUGUGUCGCGCGUGCCCUUCCAUGCCCGUCGACAAGCUGCAUUCCGAGUACCGCAGCACGUACAGAUGGCACGAGCACAAGGAACAGCAGCAACAGCAGGGCGUGGUCAAGCAGCCGGCGCCAACCCCGCCCAAUGUGCUGCCACUUACCAGAGGGCCCAUGGAGCCAGCCAUGCCGAGGCGCAAGAAGUACCCCGGCAUGGCGUACAAGUCGAACGAGCUGUUCGAGCCCGCCCCCGCCGACGACAUCCGCCCACACCAGACGUCCGCCUUCGAUAGGGCAAGGCCGAGGAGUUCUCAGCGAAAUGAGACGGACCGCGCCGGGCGACGCAGCAAGUCUGAGGGUCCUCGUCAGCCCAGGUGGACUGAUACCGUGGAACCCAAGGCGACUAACGCCUUGGGCGAGGUGGUGGCUGCUAAGGAGCCAGACGUGGUGUGCACGGAGUACCAGAACCAGUUCGCGUGGCCCAAGGACAGCACCGACUCGGUGCCGAGGAAGAGCAUCUCCAUGGGCGCGCUGAAGAAGGCGGCGGCUGCUGAAGGGUCUGUGGAAGCGGAACCCCUUAUGAAUCACGUGGAUGAUCAUGAUGACCAUAAGCGGUAUAUAGAAGACUACCUUUGGAACGGACAGAAGCCCGGCGUGCAGAGAAAAUCGACGUUCCGUAGCGCGCUAUCGGCCCUAAUAUCCAACGGGGAGGAUCGUUCCAAAGAUAAUAGGAAACGUUACAAAAGCGAGUACAAAAAGAAAUUUAGACCGUUCUCUCAGUACGUGUAUGAGGCGUCUAAAGGGACAUUUACAAAAUGCAGGGGGAAAGGGAAGACGAAUGAGGAGGCGAGCGAGAGGAUGCUAGGGCCGAGUUCGGGGGCAGGACAGAGCAAAGGGGACGCGGGGGCUGGGGCGGGGUCAGGGGCAGGGGCGGGGGCGGGGCAGGGACCAGCUGCGCUGGGGGAGGACAGCGCCAGCACGAUGCUCGCCGCGGGCCUGCAGCCGCUGGGACUCCCGCAGGGCGACUCCUGGUACCGCGAAGUGCUGGACCUGCGCAAGCGUGCCGGCGAAUACAAGUACCGCGGCUGGGGAACCGAACUCGCUCCUGAACACAUCACACAGCUUUACAAUAAGCAAAUCGAGCUCUGGUAUCAAGUGUCGCGACGGUCCUCGCUGUCAGCCCUAUCACUCGCUUCCACCAAUCACAAACCUCUACCACGAGAUGAGAAGGACGGCAAGGAGUCCAAAGGGCACUCGCCGAAGAAGUACAGGUCGUUUAGGUCGGCGCCGCACCAGUCCAUCCACGCGAAGCUUCAGGAGACGAAGGCUCUGGAACGGUCUCCCCACAAGACUUCCCCCCAGAAGCAGAGGAAGAAGCUCCAAGGACACAGCUUCGAUGAGGGCGCGGCCCAGGAUGGCGCUAAGGCCGGCGACAACGCGGCGUUCCGCUCGCCGCGCCGGCGCCCGCGCUCCGCCGACCCCGCGCCCGCGCACCCCGCGCACCCCGCGCCUGCGCCCGCGCCGGCCACCAAGCACCUACCCAACGGCCACGAGCCGCAUCCGCGCCCCGCCAAGCCUACCGGUUUGCCGUUGAGUAGAGGGGCUAGUAAUAGAGUUAGGUCGUCAACGAGGGGGGGGCGGUCUCCGUCAGCGCCGAGCAAAGUGGGAGCGCCCGGGGUGAAUGGGACUGGGGUGAAUGGGACACCGAUGGUGACCGGGGCGACUGGGACUCCGGACAGGGGCCGCCGCAGUCGCAGCGUGUCUAAAGUUGGCAUUAAACUGGACGAUGAGAUACCCUCUCACCGGAGUGCUUCGGUCGCGAAAGACCAUUUCUUCGACGAUUCCCCCAUAGUGAAGUCCCCGCCUGAACCGACCCGGGUGAAGUCUCCGGAACAGAUGAACAUGCGUAGCCCUGACCCGGUCAACUGGACGGUCCCGUUGGAUACGGGCAAAACGUUUACGGUCACCCAAAACGUGAAGAGCGAAAUCGCCCCAAUUCACCAUCAGCAAAUGUCGCCGAUACGUUCCCUGAAAAAGAGCGAGUCUCCCACCAGCCUCAGCAAGCGCACCGACAAGACGCCCACCACGCCCGUCAGCCUCACUCCCAUUGACGAGACGAAAGCUUUAGACAUGAACAAAGUUAAUGGAGUCAAUGGGGUCAAUGGCAUUAACAGCAAUCAGCUGACACCCGAAACUCCAACGCAGGACGCUAUAAAAGAAGAGGUGGUCAAGAAGUCGACUGAAGCCACUCAAGUCGCCCCCGGAAUCGUCGACACUACUGUAGUUAACGAAAGCCCCAAUACUGGGGGUUUGACCGCGGCCGAAGUGCUGGACCGAGCUCGUACGAGGUUCGACAAGUUCUGGGGCAAAAAAGAAGAAGACAAUGUUUAGUCCCUUCUAGAUUUUGGCUUCGUUUUCGACCGUAAACUAUGAACUCUCCAAUGAUACUUUGAAUAGACAAUAAUUAUUCAGAUUUGUUGAGAUCUUAAUCCUGAUUGAAAAAGAACACCCGUGUUUGCCUCAACUAUAUCCAAAAAUUCACAGUUUGCGGAUCGAAAACAUGAAACAUAAAUAAAAUUGUAGUAGGAAAAUUAAAAGCGCGGUGUUAACGUGAUAAAAUCAAGAAAAAUAGCUUCGCUUUAUAACGACGACUGUAUUAUUAAUAUAUAUUUAUUAAUUUAUUAGGUAUGUAUGUGUACUAUCAAUAAUACGAUCACUAUCUAUUUAAUAGGAGUGUGGUGGCUUGUGAUAGUAGUUUGACGGUCGAUGAUAGGAAAUUUUGAGUAAAAUUAAUUGAUCGAUUUAUAUUUAAUUAUAUAUUAUUAUAAUAGGUAAGUACUUAUAUUCUACAUUGGAUUUUUUGUGAAACCUAAAAAUCAUAACUAUAAUUACUUUAUGUAUCCGUUAAAAAAAAGUAAAUAUCUGUGAAUUUAACUCACCUAAUUAAUUUAUUUUUUCUCACAAUAAUAUUUCUCAUCUACCUUUUAAAUAAUAAUACCGAAAAAUUUAAAAGUCAACACUAAAUUAAAAUAAAACAUUACGUUCUAUAUCUUCUUCUCUGCGUUCAAAAACUAAUUCAAAAUAUUGGUUCUGAAUUAAUUAUACAAUGCAAAUUUAAAACUACAAGGGCAAUUGUAUACACACAACUAAGCCGUCCAAUGUAGAAUUAUUUGGCUACAUAAUUCCGACUAUUUUAAAAAUGCAUCAUUCCGAGAAAACUACAUUAAAAUUACUUUCUGAACUUGUUUACGAAACCAACCAAUCGCAAAGAAGCGCGGGAGCGGGAACUCCAAAAAAGUGGUUAGAAGUUUGUUUACGCUAUUACUAUUUUAAUUAUAAAUACAGUUUAAAUAAAGUAUUACAUCACCCAACAGUAUAAUUUUGUAAUAGAACACAAAUAAUGGAUAUAUCACGCAAAUCUUGCCGUUUAUGUUUAUCGGAAACCGAUUUUAACGUAUCACUGUUUGGAAACUACUGUCGCAGAACAUGUAUGAUAGAGAAAAUUCUGGUUUGCCUCAAGAUCGUCAUCGAAGAGAACGACUAUUUGGAUACUAUAUGUUUCAAAUGCGCCGAGAACAUAGAGAGAUACCACGAGUUCACUGUGUACGUGAGGAAGUGUCAAGUGCGUUAUGGUAAUAGAGAAACACGGCCGAGGAGUUUAGAAUGCUCCCCAAAUCAAGUGAACAUGCGGCACGUCACUUCUUAUGUCAGAGAGCAGGUUUACGACGCAGAUUACACAUUCUCCUUCCUCGAAAUACCGAACGAAGAAAAGAUGGAGCCGAAAGUGUCUAGCCCUUUCUUCUCGUAUUUCUCACCGCCAAACGUGGCAGUGAAGCAAUCUAAUAAGGAACCUGUAUGGAAGACGCCAAAGCCUCAACGCGAUAGUGCUCCAAAGAAGGAAAUAAAAGAAAACACAUUUAAAACACAAUACAAGUCGGAGCGCGCGCCCCGGCAUCACUCCAGAGACUUGUUCGAGUCUCAGUCUCAAGACAACGAUGAGCCCGAACCCAAGUCUCUGGACUGGAAACUGACUCCAGAUGACAACAUCAUAAAGAGAGUGAGACAGAAAUGCUUCGGGCGUGUCGACUUCUAACACAAAUCUCCACUAUUAAGAUCAUAGAGGUAUAAGAAUAGGGUAGGGGAGAUAAAGACUACUACAAGUGGAAGUGUCCCUC